AUGAGCAAGAUUUAUAAGGGCUAUGGAGAAAAAUGGGUGCAAUGGAUAAAUUGGUGCGUUACGGGUGCACAAUUUUCGAUCCUAGUUAAUGGCCAAGCAACUAGCUUGAUCAAGCCUUCCAAAGGAAUACGGCAGGGAGAUCCGUUAUCUCCGUUCCUUUUUAUUCUGGUGGUUGAGGUUUUGUCUCUAUUGCUUAAUGAUGCAGUUACUAAUAAUAAGAUUACUGGAUUUCAAGUGGCAGAGGGUGGAACAGUUGUUUCGCAUCUUCAGUUCGCUGAUGAUACAGUUAUAUUCUUGGAUGCUUCAGCGCUUGAGCGUGGAGCUGAUGACUUGGUGGUGGAGUUGUCUUCAGAAUUGGGGUGUAAAGUGGAGUUUCUACCGGUUACUUACCUUGGCAUGCCUAUUGGAGCUGGCAGAAGGAGCACUUUAAUCUGGGAGGUUAUAAUUCAAAGACUUCAGAAAAAGCCGGCGCCAUGGAAACGAAACUUUUGGAAUAAGGCUGGCAGGAUUGUCUUAAUUAAGAGUUCACUGGAAAGUCUAGCAGUUUAUUUUACGUCGCUUUUUGUUAUGCCGGCAUCGAUAGAGAAGAGAUUGAACACUAUUAUGCGGAAGUUUUUGUGGGGGGAAGAGGAUGGUCAGAGGAGGAUGAGCUGGGUAUCUUGGAAUGGAAUUGCUAUAACUAAAAAGAAGGGAGGCUUGGGUGUUAGGAGACUAAGGUUUGUAAACAAAGCUUUGCUAGCUAGAUGGCAUGUAAAUGAGUAUGUUGGCAAGAGUAUGAGGUAUGAUAUUUUGAAGAUGAAAGAUGUUUUCUUUGACUGUGUGACGUUACAUAUUAAAGGAGGGAGUGCGAUACGGUUUUGGCAAGAUCGUUGGAUUGGUAACAAGUCUUUCAAAGAGAAGUAUCCAAGGCUCUUCAGAUUUGCUAGAGACUUGGAUCCGACUGAAUGGAUAGAUUUGCUGGAGUUGAAGUAUGAUAUCCGCAAUGUAGUUUUAUCUCAGGGAGACGAUGGAUUAGAAGAUGAUUGCUUAGCUAAGAUCAUUUAUUUUAAGUUGGCGGAUGUUGAACCGGACUGA